CCAGGUAUUGCUGAUCUCCCUCAGCUUUGAAGUGAGAACAAAAUGGCAAACAAACUCCUGGACGUAUAAAAGUCCAGCAUUAGGCUGCGUCCCCCUCACGAUCACAUUGCCAUGGCAGCCAUUAGUGGUAGAAUGAGAUAAGAGAUGAGAGUUGUGCUGUGGAGACACCUGUAUGUAUGUGUUUUCCUUAUACAUUGCUUUCACAGCUCACUUCAAGAAGCUCAUGGGUUAGAAGUUGCUGGCUUGCAAGAACGUUUUCAGAAGUCACUGGAGUUUGAGAGAGCAGCUGCACAAGAAAAACUGGAGGGACUGCAGAAAGAAUAUAGGCACCUGAAGAAUGCAUUCCAAGUAUACCAGAAUAGCAUUGCUGAUGAGAUGGAGGAGAAGUGGCUUAGAAGAGAGGCAGACUGGAAGAAAAGUGAGAAGCUUGAGUGGGAGAGAGCACUGUUACAGCAAAGUAAGUAAAGAGGGAGCUUGUGUCUGCAGCCUCAGGUUGCCACUGAGACUGUGUCAGGACAGCAAACUGAUAUCAAAGGACAACGUUCGCUUCAAGGUUAGUGAAGUGGAACAAGUGAUAUAAAACAUCACAUUUUCUGGGGCUGGAAAACCCUGCAGAAUAACCUUAUUUAGGAGAUCAUAACCGGUUAGAGCAGUGCUUUCAUUGUGUUCCUGCUAGCCGCCUUGUGGCCCAGCAGUGAGAUGUGCCAUGUCGCAGUACGCAUAGCAGUCACAAGGGCUAGCAGUGACUACAC